UCCCUUCAUUCAAAUCUGAUCAAGAAGGAAAACAAAAAUAACCCUAAUAAAGACUUCGACAGCGUUGUCGCUCUUAACAACAAGCUCUUGACAAGUUUGCUGCAAAAGAAAAAAGAAAAAAAAAAAAAUUCAAAUGCACAACUGAUUUCGGCUCUGGUCGCUAUGCCCUUUCUUCGAAGCCUUCUUCGUCUCCGCUCUUCCUUUCACAGGAAGGGCGUUUCUCAUGGAGCUCCAGCAGGUUUUAGAGGAAACUUUUUGUGCUACAAUUCAAUUGCGUCUUCUGACCAAACGGUUGUUAAAAUCAAGAGGGAAGUUACGCGAGUUGUUGAUAAUUUGGCUAUUGAUAAUGAAAUAGCUCAGAUACGGCAUGAAUUUGAAGCUGCAAAGCUGAAUUUUCUUAAGAUUCCCGAGGUGUUGAAGGAAAUGCCAAAGAUGAAUCCUAAAGGUAUAUAUGUUAACAAGAACCUGAGGCUGGAUAAUAUACAAGUUUAUGGAUUUGACUAUGACUAUACUUUGGCACAUUACUCAUCUUACCUGCAGAGUCUAAUAUACGAUCUUGCAAAGGAGCAUAUGGUUAAUGAGUUUAGGUAUCCUGAGGGUUGCAUGACUUUCAAAUAUGAUCCAACCUUCCCAAUUAGAGGCCUCUACUAUGAUAAGAAAAACGGGUGUCUCUUAAAAUUGGAUUUUUUUGGGUCAAUUGAGCCAGAUGGAUGCUACUUUGGCCGUCGCAAGUUGAAUAAGGAGGAGAUAGCAGAGAGAUAUGGCACAAGACGUAUUGGCCGUGAUCAAGCACAUGGGCUUGUUGGAUUGAUGGAUUUCUUUUGCUUUAGUGAGGCAUGCCUGAUUGCAGAUAUUGUGCAACAUUUUGUUGAUGCGAGACUAGAAUUUGAUGCAUCCUACAUCUAUCAAGAUGUAAACCGUGCAAUUCAGCAUGUCCAUCGGAGUGGCUUGGUUCAUAGAGGAAUACUUUCUGACCCUCAUAGAUAUCUUGUAAAAAAUGGUAAGGUGCUUCAUUUUCUCAAGAUGCUGAGGGAGAAGGGAAAGAAACUCUUCUUGCUGACAAACUCUCCUUACUAUUUUGUGGAUGGAGGGAUGCAUUUUAUGUUGGAGGAUUCUAUGGGUCAUAGAGAUUCAUGGAGGGAGCUUUUUGAUGUCGUUAUUGCCAAAGCUAAUAAGCCAGAUUUUUACACAUCUGAUCAUCCAUUCCGCUGCUAUGAUACAGAGAAGGACAACUUAGCCUUUUCAAAGGUGGAUGUGUUUCUCCCUGAUAAAAUCUAUUACCAUGGAUGCCUUAAGCAAUUUCUUGAAAUUACCAAGUGGAAGGGCCCUGAGGUAAUAUACUUUGGUGAUCACCUAUUUAGUGACCUAAGAGGGCCUUCAAAGGCUGGUUGGCGCACAGCUGCAAUCAUCCAUGAGCUUGAAAAUGAAAUACAUAUACAAAAUGAGGACAACUAUCGAUUUGAGCAGGCAAAAUUUCAUAUAAUACAAGAAUUGCUUGGCAAAUUGCAUGCAACUGUGGCUAAUAGUCAGAAAACUGAAGCAUGCCAAUCUCUUUUGGAUGAGCUUAAUGAUGAGAGGAAGAGGGUACGCCAUGUGAUGAAGGAAAUGUUCAAUAGAUCUUUUGGAGCCACUUUCAUGACUGACACUGGCCAAGAAUCUGCUUUUGCCUAUCAUAUUUAUCAAUAUGCAGAUGUGUACACUAGUAAGCCGGAGAACUUUUUGUUAUAUCCGUCAGAGGCAUGGCUUCAUGUUCCAUACGAUAUAAAGAUCAUGCCGCAUCAUGUUAAGGUCCCAUCAAGCUUGUUCCGAAAUCCUUAACAUAUCAAGCUUGUCCUGAAAUCCUUAACAUAUCAAGCUUGUCCCAUCAAUGGGGUAAUUGUGCCUUUGUUCCGCAAUGUAUUCAUUGUUAAAUGCGACAAUUGAUACUGCUCGUUCAUUUAUUAUUUAAUGAUAAGGAGGACAAUGGUAGUAUGCUCCUGUUUCAUCAUUUCGGUGGAAACAGGCUGGGCAGCUGGGAAAAAAUUUUGAGAACAGACAACAAGGUUGGCAUAUUGCUCACUUUGUAAGUAAAACUAAAUGUGUAUUUAUCAUUCUUUAAACUUCUAUUUAAGGCCUCAACCUGCUGUCGAGUUUAAACUCAAUUAUAUUAUUAUAUGAAAUCCGCACUCGGUUCUGCUAUUUUACUUCA